UUUCUACAACGCUCCCUAGGUCGUCUAGAGAAGAAAAAUAUUAGCAGAAAUGUGAUUGUGGAAUUUGUUGAUUAUUAUACGGUCAUGGGUUCAGGGGUGUCAACAGUUGACCAGAAUUUCCAGUUCGGAUGACGAGGAGGAUGACAGGCUUUGAAGAAAUAGGAAAUUUAUGAGUGCCCAACAAAUUAUGGGUUCACAAACCUUGGAAAUACUAAGGCAAGGAGUAUGGGCAUCAUUAACUGGUGGAUGGUAUUACGACCCACAUCAGAGCAUUUUCUGCAACACUUUUCAUCUGUAUUUGUGGCUGUUUCUUCUCUGCCUGCCAUUUACUAUCUACUUGUACGUUCCACCUUCCGUGUUGGUUUGGAGCGGAUACUGCUCCAGUGUUUUUAUUCUGUUUGCUACAACAAAGUUAAUAAAUCUGUCACUCCAUCACAUGUUCGAUAAGCCAGAAUGCAUGGUAGAAGAGAUCAUCGAUGACAAAGAUGUACGCAAACAUCAAUUGUACCACACAAGUCAACAAUCUUCCCCACUCAGGGAGGAAGAAGGCAUUGAAAUGCAAGUAUUAAAUAGUAACCGUGCGAGCAAUGGAGCAGGAAUGAGUGCCACUCCUGAUUGCAGCCCUCCUGCAUCAUCAGUGGCUGACAGCAAUGAAAUGCAAGCGCAACAAAUGGCUAGUACCGUAGAUCUCAAGGUAGAUGUUCACAGAAAAAACAGUUCAGAAAGCAGUGAAGGUCCUUGCAGCUGCAACAUACCUUCACUCCGUAAAGAUUGUGCGGCGAGUUCGAGUUGGAUGAAUGCUGGAAGCAGUAGAUCACUGAGUCAAGUGUCCCUCCAUAGAAAUUUGGUACGUCCAAUGAGUGCAGCUAAAAGCUUGAGUGGUGUUUUGGAAAGCUCAGAAGGUGUGGAUAUGAUCGAUUCUGGCCGAAGGAAACUACAUCACAGACAUAAAAGGAGAAAAGGACGAUAUCGUCUUAGUCAAUCUCGCCGUGAGGCAAUGGCAUCACGAGGUGUAAGUGAGGAUUAUGAUGGAGAAGCUUUGAGUCCUAGUGGCCUUGACUGGCUGUUUCAGAACACCGACGGUGAAAACGAACCGACAUUGCAUGCUGUGCAUAUAUUCGAUCCAGGUGAAACAUAUCAAGCUGGCUUUUGGAGUUUCACACUGUCUGAUGACACCCUGUCAGAUACAUCACUUAGCCUAUUAGAACAACCCACUCAAGAUGAUGUUGAAUCUCCCCCAGGAAAAUCAUCACAAGAGCAAGGCGCAAUUCCAAAAACCCCAAGUAGUCCAGUUUGGGCUUCAAAUGAAGGGCAAAGAAACAGGAGGGGCUGUCAUAAACCUAAACAUCAUCGUACUUUAACUCUCAUGGCAAGACAAAAUUCGGGAAUGAAUGGUUCUGGUGAAAGGGAACUGAAGCCUGAUGAUGUUAACAACAAUAGCAAUAAAAAGGCUGAAUUAAGCUGCCUUUUGCCGACGCCUUCGACUCCGACAGUCAUGAGGUUUCCAGUUCCUCCUUCGGCUCCAAGUUCUUCUUCAGCAAUGAGCACGUUACAACAGUUCACUCAAACCCCCGGAGGUUCUUUCAUUCUGCAGUCGCUUACUCCAAGAAUCCCUUCCCAUCCUAUGUCAGUUUACACAUUUUCUCCACAGACGCCCCAGCAAGAACCGACAGAACCUAAACUUCACCGUCAUCGGCCAACAAUGGAGUCGCCUAAAGUUCCAAGAAGAUAUUACAGACAUACAUGGUGUCCUUAUGUUAAAAUACACUUUGACAGACUAACUCUUUUAGCAGUUCUUGACAGGAACUUGAGCUAUGUGGAAACAUUUUUAAGCAUAAUCCUUGCAUCGAGUGUUGGGGUUCUUGGGUCUAUUUUAUUAUAUCUUCAACUUUAUCGUGAUUUGCAUGCAUUUAUAUUGUGUUUUGUGAUGGCUGGAAGUCAAUACUCUUUGAUAAAAAGUGUUCAACCUGAUACUGCUUCUCCGACUCAUGGAUAUAAUAGAAUUGUCGUAUUUUCUCGACCUGUAUAUUUUGUCUUAGUGGCUUCUCUUAUACUUUUAUUACAUUUUAAUGUACCAAAAACAUCAAUGACAUUUUCUAUCUAUGGCUUGACUUUUAAAACUGUACAUUUAACCCUUUUUAUGAGAGAUCUGUUAUGUAUAAUACUUUUGUGUUUUCCUGUCCUUUUCGGCCUUGGUCUGUUCCCACAGGUAAAUACAUUCAGCAUGUAUUUACUGGAACAAAUAGAUAUGCAUAUUUUUGGAGGCAAUGCUACUUGCAGUUUAAGAAGUGCUUUAUACUGUGUAUUUCGAAGUUGUGUUGUUGUUAUAUUUUUAUACGGUUUUGCCUACGGUGGCCUCAGUGAAGAGAAAUCUUCACAGCAUAUAUUGUUUUCUAUUUACUGUGGACUGCUGAUUGCGGCCAGUUAUCAUCUUAGUCGAAGCUCAAGUGACCCUGGGCCCAUUUUGAACAUUCUCAAGACACACCUGUGGAUUGUGGAAGAAGUGCCAAAGACAGAAGAUGUGAAAGAGGAACCCGAAGAAGAUCCCCUACCAAAGAAGUUGCAAGCGACAGUCAACACCAGGCUCAUGUCCGAUCUGUUGGUUUGCACUGUGAUUGCUCUAGUCGUUUUUGGAAUUCAUUGCAGUUCAAUAUUUACUGCAUUACAACCAGAACUCAAUCCUGUUAUGGGAAGCGUUGCUGUUGCACUCGGUUUUCUUUUGCACUACAUAAUGCCUCAACUACGGAAACAACUGCCAUGGCUUUGCUUAGCAAGGCCAGUCCUCAGACACUCCAACCAACCUCGUUAUGAACCACACCACCCACCUACAGUUAUGUGGUUUGAAAAACUGUACGUUUGGCUUUGUGUUCUGGAGAGCAACAUUGUCUAUCCUGUGUUAAUGUUAGCUCGGCUCACUUCGGACUCUUCAAUUCUUGCGGCUAACAUGGGGCCUGGUUGGGCAUCACUUGUCUUGACUAUCUGCGGCCUGAAAGCCCUUCGUUCCGCUUUUUCACAGCCUCACGAUCAAUUUUUAGUACUCACGUUUGCAGUGCUUCUCUUCCAAGUAGAUUUCCGCCAAUAUUCUUCAACUUUCCUUGUCGAUUACUUCAUUACUGCUAUUGCGCUGAAUAAAACUUAUGAAUUUUUGCUCAAGAUUCAGUUUGUUGUGACAUAUAUCGCUCCUUGGCAAAUUACAUGGGGUUCGGCUUUUCAUGCAUUUGCCCAGCCAUUUUCCGUACCUCAUUCUGCUAUGACUUUUCUUCAAGCUGCACUCUCGGCCCUCGUGUCAGCUCCUCUCAAUCCUUUUCUUGGGAGUGCAAUUUUCAUCAGUUCCUAUGUGCGGCCGAUUAAAUUCUGGGAAAGAGAUUAUAACACAAGGCGAGUCGACCAUUCCAAUACCAGGCUCUGCUCACAUCUAGACAGAAAUUUGGGUGCUGACGACAAUAAUCUCAAUUCGAUAUUUUAUGAGCAUCUAACACAUUCCUUACAACAUUCUCUCUGUGGAGAUAUCAUCUUAGGCCGUUGGGGCAUCGUGAGACAAGGGGAUUGUUUCGUUCUCGCUUCUGAUUACUUAAAUUGUUUGGUCCAUAUCAUUGAAAUUGGAAACGGCCUAGUGACUUUCCAAAUGAGAGGUCUCGAAUUCAGGGGCACAUAUUGCCAACAGAGAGAGGUCGAAGCCAUAUCAGAAGGUGUCGAAGACAAUCAAGGUUGGUGCUGUUGUGAGCCAGGCCAUUUGCCAAAUCUUUUAAGUUUAAAUGCUAGUUUUUCACUAAGAUGGUUAGCAUGGCAAGUUACAGCUGCAAGUUAUAUUUUAGAAGGAUAUAGCAUAUCGGAUAACUCUGCUGCAUCAAUGCUCCAAGUUUUUGAUUUCAGAAAAGUCCUCGUCACUUAUUAUGUGAAGAGCAUUAUAUAUUACGCUGUUGGGUCAGAAAGACUCGAGACCUGGUUGGAGAGCCCAGUCUUGUUAGAUGCAUUGAGGCCAACACUUAGUAAAAAUUUUGUGGAGCUGGAUCCAAUUUUUAAUAUAAAUAUUGAUGAAGAUUAUGAUUUCCGAGUGGCAGGCGUGACUAGGACAUCAUUCUGCACUGUCUAUUUACAUUGGAUACAGUUUUGCAAUGAAAAAAGAGAAAAAAAAUUAGCCGAUACAGGAAAAGAUUCAACAUUGGUGUCAUUGUGUUUUGCAUUGAGCUUACUUGGACGAAGAACCCUUGGGGCUGUUUCUCACAAUACUACUGCAAGUGUGGAGUUUUUUCUUUACGGACUUCAUGCUCUGUUUAAAGGAGAUUUUCGUAUUACAUCUUUAAGAGACGAAUGGAUAUUUUCGGAUAUGGAACUCUUAAAAAGUGUGGUGGCUCCAGCAGUUAGGAUGUCAUUAAAACUACACCAAGAUCAUUUCAUGUCACCAGAAGAAUAUGAUGAUCCAAAUUUAUUACACGCAGCAAUAACAGAACAUAGGGAAAAACUGGUCAUAUCGCACGAAGGGGAUCCGAGUUGGAGAGCCGCGGUAUUGGCAGGGACUCCAUCAUUACUUGCUCUACGGCAUGUCACUGACGAUGGUGCUGAUGAAUAUAAGAUAAUAAUGCUAAACAAACGUCUGUUGAGUUUUCGUGUAAUCAAACUCAAUCGUGAAUGCGUGAGAGGUCUUUGGGCAGGGCAGCAGCAAGAAUUGGUGUAUUUGAGAAACACAAAUCCGGAACGGGGUUCCAUCCAAAACGCCAAACAAGCAUUAAGGAAUAUAAUUAAUUCCUCGUGUGACCAGCCAAUCGGAUAUCCAAUUUUUGUUUCUCCUUUGACAACAUCUUAUUCAGACACAAAUAGCCAACUUAGGAGCAUUCUCCCCGGUCCGAUUACAACUACUUCGAUAAAAAAUGCUGCAAUACGACUCUGGACAAGAGUACGAAAAAGGUGCAUCGAGGGAUGUUCUAGUGGUAAUUCCAUGCAUCAGGAUGACGGUGGAUUUGGAAAUGAAGGGGUCUAUGCAAUGACAACUUACACUAAUCGUCAAUCUGGUGGUAUUACAGGAUCUUUAGAAAGGGGUGGGGCAAGGGCGAGUGUUGCUUCUUCCGGAAAGCCUUCUUUGGCAUCUUUAGCCGGCCUUUUAUCACCCGCUACUCAGGCAAAUGAACAAGCUGCCCUUCCUAGAGUUAGAAUAAUAGAUCCAAACCAGGUUUAUGAUUGUAUAAAUUUGGGAAGACGUAUAGAUGUGAUUUGGCCAGAUGAGAAAAUGAGAGCGCAAGGUGGCAGAUCACAAUGGGGCGAUUGGGUGCCCCUACCUGGAAUGGAGGGUCAGGUCGUCCACAAGUGGGUCCCUUGUCAUAGAGAUAUCACCAGGAGAUCUCAUGUCGAUCGUACUAUUCUACUUGUUAAAAUUGAAGAAAGGUAUGUUCCUAUUGCAGAAUCAGGCAUUAUCGAUUUAGGGCCUGAUUUAUAAUGUUAGUAGUCAGUAAUGUUUGGAUUAAGAAGUGAUACAAUUGACAUAAGAUUUUUUCUUUGUACAAUAUUUACAAUUAUUUGUCAUUAUCGAUUAUUUUAUGACUGUUUAUAUAUAUUAACAAAAACAUCGAUCAUCAUCAUACUGUUGAUUUCUACACAUUUAACUUUUUAUUUUGUAAUAAAUUAAAAUUAAGCCGUUCAUAUGCCUUAACUUGUUAGACUGAUUAAAUAAAUAUUUAUGUAAAUAAUAUUGUUACUGUAUAUGUAAUUGUGAAUAACUGUACAUUUUCGCAACUUUUUAGAAUAAAUUUAUUUAUCACCUACUAAUUAGAUAACAUUAGAAUCUGGGUAUAGGAACUUGGCUGUGCAUUAAAGGCUUAUUUGAUUUAAAAACUAUAAAUAAUCAUAGGAGUAAGGAUUUGUUAAAAAAAGAAGUUUGAAUUUAUCUUUUUAGUUGGCAAUUUUUUUUUCAAGGAGUAAUAAAAUUUUGCCUAUGUUGAAACAUUUCAGCCGAUGCAUUUAAAUCGGUGGUGUAAUAAAGAAUCAAUUUUAGCGAAGCAGUUUUCAAUAUAUAAAAAUAAUGUUUGACUCUUUUCUUCAGUUGUUUAAUUUGUUCAGAAUUAUGUAAAAGAGCAAAAAGUGUUCAGUUUCUAUUUUUAGAAAAUGGGAGUUGUAUGAAUGGAAAAAUAAACUAUACUUUUUAAUAUGUA